UCGAACCACUCUUCUCAGCAGCACUACAGUACACAUAUUUUAGGUUACCUCCCCUUUCCCAUCCUGCCUCCCAUCUGUCGCGUCUAGCUCAGCGAAUUGGGCAGAUCCUAGUCAAUCUGCUAUAUCGCGGAUUUUAACAUUUCCAGCUGUUCACGGCCUCAAGUUUUGAAUUUUAUUUAGGCGAGUCGAAUAGGCGGCUUAUUUGUUUUUCCGCAGAUACCGCUUCUACUGCGAGAUAAGGAUACUCCGGACGGCGAACCGUAUUCUAAUCGCGGGUCGUACUUACUAGUCACUCCGGUCGUCUAGAAAGAAGAAAGAUCACCCAGCGAGCUCCGAUGGAGGAAGAGAGCGAGCGAAAGAGUGCGGAUAGAGAUAGAGCACCGGCAGCAGCAGCAGCAGCAGGAGCGGCAGAUGCGGAAGGCGGCUCCACGGCGCUUCCCGAUAGGGUGCAAGUGGGCGGGUCGCCGGUGUAUAAGAUGGAGCGGAAGCUGGGGAAGGGCGGGUUCGGGCAGGUGUACGUGGGGCGACGCGUCAACGGCGGCAACGAGAGGGUCGGGCCGAACGCGGUAGAGGUGGCGUUGAAGUUGGAGCACAGGAGCAGCAAGGGGUGCAACUACGGCCCGCCGUACGAGUGGCAGGUGUACACUACGCUGGGCGGCAGCCAUGGCGUGCCGCGAGUGCACUUCAAGGGUCGGCAGGGCGACUACUACAUCAUGGUGAUGGACUUGUUAGGCCCCAGCCUGUGGGACGUGUGGAACAACCACAACCAAGCCAUGUCAACGGAGAUGGUGGCGUGCAUAGCAGCGGAGGCUCUUUCCAUCCUGGAGAAGGUGCAUGAGCGAGGCUACGUGCAUGGAGACGUGAAGCCCGAGAACUUUCUUCUCGGGCAGCCUGGCACAACAGAGGAGAAGAAACUGUACCUGGUGGACCUGGGGCUAGCGACGAGGUGGAGGGACACUAACACAGGGCAGCAUGUGGAGUACGAUCAGAGGCCAGACAUCUUCAGGGGCACGGUGCGUUAUGCGGGCGUGCAUGCGCAUCUGGGGCGCACGGGCAGUCGCAGGGACGACCUUGAGUCGUUGGCGUACACGCUGGUGUUCCUGCUCCGAGGCCGACUGCCCUGGCAGGGCUACCAGGGCGACAACAAGGGCUUUCUAGUCUGCAAGAAGAAGAUGAGCACGUCGCCCGAGAUGCUCUGCUGCUUCUGCCCGCCGCCCUUCAAGCUCUUCCUCGAGUACGUCGUCUCCCUCAAGUUCGACGAGCGACCCGACUACGCCAAGUGCGCCGCCAUGUUCGACUCCAUCCUGAGCCCCAACCCGGCUCUGCAUCCGCUGAACACGGAAGGGGCUCUAUCGCUCAAGGUGGGGCAGAAGAGGGGGAGAGGGAACGAGGGCGAGGAGUCGGCUGGGGACGACCAGCCGAGGAAGAAGGUGCGGCUGGGCAUGCCGGCGACGCAGUGGAUUUCAGUCUACAGCGCUCGGCGGCCCAUGAAGCAACGGUACCACUACAACGUGGCGGACGCCCGGCUAGCGCAGCACGUGGAGAAGGGCAACGAGGACGGGCUGCACAUCAGCAGCGUGGCGUCGUGUCAGAAUCUCUGGGCGCUCAUAAUGGACGCCGGCACCAACUUCACGGCGCAAGUCUACGACCUCUCACACGUGUUCCUGCCAAAGGAGUGGAUCAUGGAGCAGUGGGAGAAGAAUUUCUACAUCACUGCGGUGGCAGGCGCCAGUAACGGCAACGCGCUCGUUGUCAUGUCCAAAGGCACGCCGUACACACAGCAGUCGUACAAGGUGAGCGACAGCUUCCCCUUCAAGUGGAUCAACAAGAAGUGGAAGGAGGGCUUUUACGUUACUUCCAUGGCCACGGCGGGCAGCAGAUGGGGCGUUGUCAUGUCAAGAAACGCAGGAUUCACUGACCAGGUGGUGGAGCUGGACUUUCUAUACCCCAGCGAGGGCAUUCACCGGCGGUGGGACAUGGGGUAUCGAAUCACCGCCACCGCCGCCACGUGGGACCAAGCAGCCUUCCUGCUCUCCGUGCCAAGGAGACGGCCGGCUGAUGAAACACAGGAGACUCUGCGAACGUCUGCUUUUCCCAGCACUCAUGUCAAGGAGAAGUGGGCCAAGAAUCUGUACAUUGCGUCUGUCAGUUACGGCCGCACUGUCUCCUAACCUUGCUGUCACUCACUCACCUCAUUCACUCACCCAGUUGCUCACUCACUCACCUCUUAUUUGCCAGCGCCCAUGCGGUGCUGGGAUGAGCCCUGCUCCAGAAAGAGCCUCUGCCAUUGCUUGCCCCUGCUACUUGGUAGAAAUCAAGCACCUCCCAGCAAGGAUUGUCAGGGGUGCUUUCUUGCUUUCAUGUACUACAUGUUUUUUGCAUUCCUUUCGGGCGUGUUCCUACAACCCCUUAUCAAAUGCGCCUCUUAUCAUGUCUAUUAGUACUACCUGUGCUGCACUGAAGUGAACCUC